AUGAAAUUUUCUUCGCUCUCUGCUUGGGCGACCUCUUUCACACCAGCACUUGCUGGCUUGGUCGGACACCCCCGCGCCACCACCUUUAACAAUCCUAUCAUCUACUCUGAUUUUCCAGAUAACGAUGUCUUUCUUGGCCCGGAUAACUACUACUACUUCUCGGCUUCCAACUUUCAUUUCAGCCCUGGAGCCCCUGUUUUAAAGUCCAAAGAUCUGCUCAACUGGGAUCUCAUCGGCCAUUCAAUUCCCCGCCUGAACUUUGGCGACGGCUAUGAUCUUCCUCCCACCUCUCGAUCCUACCGCGGUGGUACUUGGGCGUCAUCACUCCGAUACAGGAAAAGCAACGGACAGUGGUACUGGAUCGGAUGUAUCAACUUCUGGCAAACCUGGGUAUAUACUGCCUCUUCGCCCGAAGGUCCUUGGUACAACAAGGGAAACUUUGGCGACAACAAUUGCUACUACGACAACGGUAUACUGAUUGACGAUGACGACACCAUGUAUGUCGUAUACGGUUCUGGUGAGGUUAGAGUAUCUCAACUAUCCCAGGAUGGAUUCAGCCAGGUCAAAUCCCAGGUAGUUCUCAAGAACACUGAUAUCGGUGUGCAAGAUUUGGAGGGCAACCGUAUGUACAAGAUCAAUGGACUCUACUACAUCCUUAACGAUAGUCCAAGUGGUAGUCAGACCUGGAUUUGGAAGUCGAAAUCACCUUGGGGCCCUUACGAGUCAAAGAUCCUUGCCGACAAGGUCACUCCACCUAUAUCAGGUGGUAACUCGCCUCAUCAGGGUAGUCUCAUCAAGACUCCCAGUGGCGACUGGUACUUUAUGUCCUUUACUUGGGCUUACCCUGCCGGCCGUCUCCCGGUUCUUGCACCGAUUAAGUGGGGUAGCGAUGGUUUCCCAAUUCUUGUCAAGGGUGCCAAUGGCGGAUGGGGAUCAUCUUACCCAACGCUUCCUGGCACGAACGGUGUGACAAAGAACUGGACAAGGACUGAUACAUUCCCCGGAAACUCACUUGCUCAGUCCUGGGAGUGGAAUCAUAACCCGGACGUCAACUCCUUCACUGUCAACAACGGCCUGACUCUUCGCACUGCCAGCGUCACGAAGGACAUCUACCAGGCGAGGAACACACUCUCUCACCGAACUCAUGGCGAUCAUCCAACCGGCAUAGUGAAGAUUGAUUUCUCCCAGAUGAAAGACGGUGACCGGGCCGGACUUUCAGCGUUCCGCGACCAAAGUGCAUACAUUGGUGUUCAUCGAGAUAACGGAAAGUUCACAAUCGCUACAAAGCAUGGGAUGAAUAUGGAUGAAUGGAACGGAGAGACGAAAGACUUGGGGCAAAUAAAGGCCACUGCUGAUGUGCCUUCUGGAAAGACCAAGAUCUGGCUUAGGCUUCAGCUUGAUACCAACCCUGCCGGAACUGGCAACACGGUCUUUUCUUACAGCUGGGAUGGUGUCAAGUAUGAAACAUUUGGCCCCAACUUCAAGCUCUACAAUGGCUGGGCAUUCUUUAUUGCCUACCGAUUCGGUAUCUUUAACUAUGCCGAGACAGCUUUGGGAGGUUCAAUUAAAGUUGAGUCUUUCACAGCUGCAUAG